GUAUGAGGUUACUUGGAAUUUGACCUAUAGCGUAGCCAAUUAACCUUGUCGUUAGCAUUGUAUUGUACUGAUUGCCUUGGAAGCCCAGUUCUUCUCGCAUUCCACUACAGCCCUGUGAGACAUGAUCCAAAACAAUUUAAGACAAUCUACCUGACAUAUGCGUUCGUGACGUUUGAAGCAUCAAGUGUUUCGCAAAAAAAGCCAAGUGAGAGGAGAGAAAUGAGGAUAACAUCCAAUUUGAAUAAGAAUUUCCGCCUGCUUCAAGUCAAUAUUUUACCCUUUGCUUUAGGAAGAUGCUCACUCUCGUGGAUCUUUGUCCUGUGACGACAGUGAUGAGAUAAAAGCAGCCAAAGAGAGCACACUUACGAGACUGUCCCAUAUAUAUUUGCUCCAAAAGGUCCUGUUACUGUCUAAGUCCUUACGAAUGAAGCUAACAUCGUAUUCCUCCUCAAACUCAAGGCGUUCACCAACAUCGUCCUCAAUUUCCUUCAUGAGCAUCAUAUGUUUUCCAAACUAAGGAUUUAUAAACAUAACUGUUACGAGAUUUGUUGCGACAAUUAGUAAUGCGUCCGCGAGGGAUUGUCGGCCUUAAAUACGCUAAGCCUUUUGACUCAGUAUUAGUAGAAAUGUCAAACGAACACCUAGCCCGCCAAAUUGAUCUCAUUAACUCAAGAUUUGCUGUUGAGCAGACACUGGCUAAUUACGUCAGGAGGGUGGAUGAACGUGCAGCAGUCGAAUUGUCAGAAUUGUUUACAGAGGACAGUGUCACUCAACUGUAUGUGAAUGAGAAUGGCACAGACGUAGCUUUCAGACCACCCCUGAUAGGUAGACAAGGUGUCAUUAGCGCGGUACACAAGCAAAUGAACAAGCAAUGGAAGGGCAAAUGGGGUCACCAUUCUACCUCAAACAUUCUUAUUGAUAUCGACUUGGAAACUCGCACUGCUAAAAUAGAUGCUCAAUUGGUAGUCCUCAAAUCUCUUCAAGCACCACCUCCAGAGAACGUGGAAGAAGGAAGUAUCUUGUUCUUGGGUACAGUUGAAAAUGUGAAUUCCGGCUACUACAAGUCCAGGCUUCGCGAAAUCGAGCCAGGGGUCUGGAAAUUCUACGAACACGGUGUUGUCCUGGAUUUGAGUCCUCAUUACACGUUUAAAUAAUUGUAAAUACAGAUGCAAUCACAUUACAAGUCAACAUAUUCAGUACAAACUACGUAUCGGAGCGACAUAAAUUAUGCGGACAACUCACCGUUUCCGUGACGUCGCUUGAUUGCGUCAAAUUAGGUACGUGACAGGUGUUCUUAUCAGAAGUAUGGUGUCAGGAUAAUUAAGCUGAUUAAUAUAAGCGGUUUUAAUUGUAGUCACUCGUUAGCUCCGUGUUUUCAGUCAGACAAAAGCUGCAAGUAUGCUAAGUGGUUGACUUCUGUGUUAUUCUAUAGGGAGAAAGGUUUCAUUUGGACUGUUGUAAAAUUAGAUGAGUAAUAUGUCUAUCAUUUUCCUUCAGACCACGAAAAUGUAAUGUAACUCAGGUGAAGUCAUUAGCCAAGAACUGGAUAGAUCUUUACCGAGAAUCGUUUAUUGCAAACGUCACAUUGAAACUUCCGAGUGGAUUCUCCGACGGAUGAAAUUUUAAUAAUUUGAUUACUUGGUAUUUACUCUCGAAUUGUAAGAGAAUUCGAGGAGCUUGGUGGCUAUUUCCAUCUUUUGAAGCAAGAGAGGCACUUGAAAACUUAUAAAUAUUAUACAACUCGAACUAUAUAUACAAAUGAUCUCAUCGUGUCUUUCGUACAUCCUUUGGGCCGCUAACAGGUAGCAGAGUGUUUAAGUAAAACCCUCUCUGUUAGAAAAACCUUGCUACACUUACUGCAGAUAAAAUCGGGCUUCUUUCCGUGUCUAUUAACUUCGUGUCGCAAUCUGUCGUGCGUUCUUGAAAAAUUGACACCACAGUUGUAAGAGCAAGGGUAUGAAGGUGUAGGCUUGCAAUUAUGGGAGUUCAUGUGUAACCUGAAUGUAUAUUCCUUCUUCAUUUGUCUUCCGCAUCCACUGACUGGACAGGUCCAAGGUCUGCCUUUCCCCUUCCUGUAAACUGUUCGUUAGAAACGCAUUUAGGUUUAUUGUACCCUACGCUUCGAUCAUGGGGAACUCGGGCGACUUUGGAGGUGUCAAAACGUUCUGGUCGCCGGCGAAGUCAUUAAGUGCUGUGUCCAGCUCUGUAGUCUAUCAGUGCAUCGAUUAGACCAUGCUGGCCGAUAAAGAAAAACACCUACCGUCUGCUCUUUAAAGCCAGACCCAUCUAAAUAAUCCUGUAGUAUUUUACUAAAAUCUAUUGAACUAUCCAGUCCUAAAUUAGCUUCGCGAUAUCGUCAUCAAAUUAGAUCAUGAUAGGAAGUAGUUGCCUCAC